AUGUUUUCUGACUCUUCCAAAGAGCAGAGCAGCGUUUCCUCUGGAAAACGUCCAGCGGAGUUUAAGGAGAAGUAUCGUCGACUCGCUCCGAUCGGCUCAGGAGGCCUCAGCUGGUUGUAUGAAGGCGUCAGGAGAGCUGACAAUCUACCAGUGGCCAUCAAGUAUAUUCCCACAAGGGCCGUCAGCACCGAACUAGUUAUGCACGAUGGGAAACAGUACAGCCUCUUUUCCGAAGUGGCCCUCAUGCUGAAGGCUGCAGGUCUAUCAGGAUCCGUGGGACGGUCCAGUGUAGUGUCCCUUCUGGACUGGUACCUCGUGGGCGGGGAGCUCAUACUGGUCACAGAAAGGCCACUCCACAGCUGUGACCUCCACAAAUACCUGCAGCACACAGGAGGACACCUGGAGGAGCGUGAGGCAAAGAUGAUCCUGAGGCAGCUGGUGGACGCAGCCAUGGACAUGCGCAGCAAAGGCGUCUUUCACGGAGACAUGACGCUGCAAAAUGUCCUGCUGGAUUUCAGUGGAUGGGUACCAAGAGUGCGUAUCAUCAACCUGGGCUGCGGUACCUUCUCCACUGAGUCCAGUCAGCACUCCUACAGCGGUACCCUUGCAUUCGCCCCUCCAGAGUGGUUUUUAAAAGGGACGUACAGUUGCGGUCCAACCACUGUCUGGCAGCUGGGAGGCCUUUUCCACGCCAUGCUGAAUGGACAGGGACGCUUUUCAAGCGCGACUGUCAUGUACAAGGGUGCUGACAUCAGCCGCGAGCUGUCUGCAGAUUGCAAGAUGAUCUUAGAGAUGUGUCUGGCCAGAGACCCAGCACAGCGAGCCACUCUGGAGGAGCUCCAGGCCUGCCCUGCCCUCAACAGGAACUAA